AUGAAUACGCUCUACUGGGCUGAUACGUCUGGCCCUCAGCCUGGCCCCCAGCCUGGCCCCCAGCCUGGCCCCCAGCCUGGCCCUCAGCAUGGCCCCCAGCCUGGCCCCCAGCCUGGCCCCCAGCCUGGCCCUCAGCAUGGCCCCCAGCCUGGCCCCCAGCCUGGCCCCCAGCCUGGCCCCCAGCCUGGCCCUCAGCCUGAGCCUGGCCCCCAGCCUGGCCCUCAGCCUGGCCCUCAGCCUGGCCCCCAGCCUGGCCCCCAGCCUGGCCCUCAGCCUGGCCCCCAGCCUGGCCCCCAGCCUGGCCCCCAGCCUGGCCCCCAGCCUGGCCCUCAGCCUGGCCCCCAGCCUGGCCCCCAGCCUGGCACUCAGCCUGGCCCCCAGCCUGGUCCUCAGCCUGGCCCCCAGAAUGGCCCUCAGCCUGGCCCCCAGCCUGGCCCCCAGCCUGGCCCCCAGAAUGGCCCUCAGCCUGGCCCCCAGCCUGGCCCCCAGCCUGGCCCUCAGCCUGGCCCCCAGCCUGGCCCCCAGCGGCCUCAGCAUGGCCCUCAGCCUGGCCCCCAGCCUGGCCCUCAGCCUGGCCCUCAGCCUGGCCCCCAGCCUGGCCCUCAACAUGGUCCUCAUACUGGCCCUCAGCCUGGCCCCCAGCCUGGCCCUCAGCCUGGCCCCCAGCCUGGCCCCCAGCCUGGCACUCAGCCUGGCCCCUAGCCUGGCCCUCAGCCUGGCCCCCAGCCUGGCCCCCAGCCUGGCACUCAGCCUGGCCCUCAGCAUGGCCCCCAGCCUGGCCCCCAGCCUGGUCCUCAGCCUGGCCCCCAGCCUGGCCCCCAGCCUGGCCCCCAGCCUGGCCCUCAGCCUGCCUGGCCUCAGCAUGGCCCUCAGCCUGGCCCCCAGCCUGGCCCUCAGCCUGGCCCUCAGCCUGGCCCCCAGCCUGGCCCUCAACAUGGUCCUCAUACUGGCCCUCAGCCUGGCCCCCAGCCUGGCCCCCAGCCUGGCCCCCAGCCUGGCCCCCAGCCUGGCCCUCAGCCUGGCCCCCAGCCUGGCCCCCAGCCUGGUCCUCAGCCUGGCCCCCAGAAUGGCCCUCAGCCUGGCCCCCAGCCUGGUCCUCAGCCUGGCCCCCAGAAUGGCCCUCAGCCUGGCCCCCAGCCUGGCCCCCAGCCUGGCCCCCAGCCUGGCCCUCAGCCUGGCCCCCAGGCUACUUCUCAGCCUAUCAGACGCUGGAGCUACUUCUCAGCCUAUCAGACGCUGGAAACACUGUUGGGAUCUAUCUGCAUGGGUUUUCUUCAGCUGCAAUCUCACUCACAAACUGUUACUGAGGGCUCUCAGCUGCCAAUCACAGGAAUUCCCUCAGCAAUUCAGCAGCCAAUCAGAGAGGAACAACGCUGA